UGGUGCAUGGCUUGUGUGUGACUGUGUAAUAUUUUGUGAUAUGGUAAAGCCUUGACUUUCCAGAACUUGGUAAACUCCUUCUUCUCCCUGAUUUCCUCCCCUGUCCCAAACAAGCCAUUCAAAAUCUAUCUCCUAAGUCAUAAGCUCUGCAACUAACUUUUGUCAGUUGCAGCCAGAGACCCCUCUUACUCAGCAAGCACCUAGUUAUUUCAGCCGUAGGACUUACCAAAAAAAGAAGCUCUUCAAAACGCAAGCCGUGUGCAACUAAGGCAGGAUUCUCUACCUGAGUCAGCAAGCAGCCUGAAACAACACAUGCGGACUGCUGUGCACUCAGACACAUUUCCAGAAGGCAUUACUCCUGCAAACAACCUAUCUGUGUUGCAGUGUGAACGGUUUCAGUGCUGAGCAAAGCACCCAAGACAGGAAAAUGAUGAGGUGCUGAGGGAAAAGCACAGACUCUGGAGUGGAAAGGGUAUGAGUUUCUGAGCCUGGAAGAUCAGCACUGGCUUUGAGUCCUGCCCUGGGACAGUGGAUGCCUCCUGUGAGAUGACAUCUUCCUAAUUUGCAUUGCUGAGCUAUGUUGGGGGGGUGUCUUCUGUCUUUCAGUGUGUCACCAGUACAGAUGAAGCCCUCUUUGCUGCUUCUGUGUCACCUCUGGCUGUUCAGCCUCACACCUCUCUCACAGGCAUCAGACUCAGCACAAGGUGCCUCCAGCCUAACUUGUUGGUAUGACUCACGGGCAGCUCUCUUCUGCAACUGGAACCCAAGCAGGGACCUGGUUGAAGCACCAUGCCAGCUGGAGAUUAUAUCAAAGUUAGCUUUUUGUGACAGGUUAUUUUCCUUACCUGAAAAAUUCAAGGAACACUGUGAAUUACCCAAGGCAGAACACAUGACAGGACUGAGGAGAUGCAUCAAGACCUUCAGCAAAAACAGUAAUACUCAAUGCUUCACCACUGCAGACCGCCUUACCAUGUCUGUCCAUUGCCAGAUUGGAGAGAAUAGGUCUAUACCUGUGCAAAUAGAAGAUUUCAAUCCACUUGCAAAUAUAAAGCUAAGGCCUCCGGGAAAUCUUCGGCUGGUUAGCAAAACCGAAAACACCUACAACUUAACGUGGAGCCUGAAUAUUUCCUCUCACUAUUUGGAUGGGGAGCGGGAAUAUGAAGUGCGGUACCGAACCACGAGUCAGUCCUGGGAGGACGCCAAGAACUUCACCAUUAGGCAGGACCAGAUGUGGGUGGUGUUCCAGAGCCUCUCCCCCAACUUGAAAUACGAGGCAGCUGUCCGUGCAAGGCCGAGUGCCUCAAGUACCUACAAAGGCGUGUGGAGCGACUGGAGCGAGACCAUACUGUGGAGAACACAUGCUGACCAAACAUCCCGGCCGGUCUUGCCAGCUCUUAUAGUGAGCACUUGCAUCUUUGUGAUCAUCGGGACUGCCUUCCUUAUUAACUUACGGACCCUGAAAUGGUUUAAGAAGAUCCUGAAGAUUCACAUCCCAGACCCCGAGAAGUUCUUUCCUCCACUCGUUUCAGUUCACGGAGGUGACAUUCAGAAAUGGCUCUCCUCUCCAUUCUCUACAUCUUCCUACUGUGUGAACAGCACAACCCCAGAGAUCUCCAUGCUCGAGGUGAUGCAGAAGAAUGACCAUGAAUCCCAGUUUCUACUUUCCAAGGGAACCCUGACUCCUGAUCCUCCCUUAGAAACCAGUGGGCACUCUGUAUCCAGCUGCUUCACCAACCAAGGCUACUUCUUCUUCCACCUUCCCAACUCCUUUGAGAUUGAGCCCUGUCAGGUCUACUUCACCUAUGAGCCUUUUACCCAGGAGAGCAGUGGCAAUGAGGAUGGCGAGUCCUACCAUGCUCUCCCCUCCCCGGACCUCUGCACACUGGCAGAGGACAUGCCCGUGUUGUCCCAUAAUUUCCUUCACUGUAUCAAGGAGACCCAGGGCUUCCAAAAUAGCUCCUUCAUGGAAGAGACAGAAGGUGAAACCCAGCAGGCCAUUGCUAUUUCUGGGGCUCUCCAGUCAAGUGAAGGCACCUCACCAACACCAGUUCUGAAACAGGAUGAGAAGGUGAUGGACAAAGCAGCUUUACAACCUGCUGAGGCCCUGUGCCAGCUCAACACUGACUUUCCUGACCCACCACACCUGCAUGACAGCAAUACUAUCGAUGUAAUGGAGGGGAGUGGGAAGGCAGGCACCCAGAUUGACCCCUGUACACCAGCAGCAUAUGCUACCUCUUCUUUCUCUCAGCCUCCACCUCUAAGGCAAAGCCAGGAGGAGGAUCCAUGCAGAACAGCCUUCUCCAGCCAGGUCCCAAACACCGGUGCCUACCUUUCUCUGAGGGACCUCCAAAGCCAGUACAGCCAUUGCUCUGUCUAGGAUCUGCCUGAAGAAAAUCCACAGGUGGGAAAGGUCUUCUCUGCAGAGAAGGUUAGAUGGACAGUUUUUCUAUUCAGGACAUGAAUGUGACUUCAGCAUCAGCCCAUUGGGACUGUUCUUUAUUGAAGUUGGAGAACACAGUUACCCUAGAGGGCUGCAAAACCAGAAAAGGGAUAGGGUGGACAAGGUGUAAAUUCAUGGAUGGCUACAUGGGCAGCACUAGUUCCCAAGGUAAAGUGUUAGUGAAACAGACCACUGGAAAUGAGAGGACAUUUUGCAUGGAGAACCAGGCUAUUGGACAGUAAAGCCACACAUGGAGAACGAUAAAGGCACAUUAAAGCUGUUUGGUGGCUACACAGCAAAUGGAGAUGUAGAAGCUUGAUUCUUAGGCAUACAGGCCAACAAGGACUCGCCUUCAUAACUGAAUCUGUUUCUCUGCUAUUACUGGAUUUGAUGGCCUAGAAUCCCCUUCUCACACUGACCAAGUGCCAUUCCGAACCUCACCAGCCUGUUUUUUCCUUUCCAGUUCCCAGCAAGAGACUGUGCCAGCACUUCCAUGCCCCACAUCUUGGUGUAACAUAGCACUCAGCUUUAAGGCUGAGCAGGCACAUGGUCUGUUUGCCUCAUUUCAGCUGAAAAACCUCUAAUGGGAGGGAGAAAUGCCUGAAGAGGUGGAUAUGAGACCAUAGCACUGCCAGUGAGUGCUGGGGCUGAUAAUGAAAUGGAUGAAGAUAUCUCCUCCUGACUGACCAAGGGUGUAAUUUUUUCUGUGAUGUCCCCACUUCAGGUUUUAAUCAAAGAUUACAUUCUGAGCUACUUGGUUCAGCUUUAGACUCGAGUCUCUAAGGUCAGCUCAGAGCCACAACUGUGUCAGCUGUGUAAGCAGUGCAGUGUAAAAAGAAAUCCCCAUUAUUGGGUUAAAAAUACUGGGGAAAUCCCCCCCACGCCCCCUUCUUUCCCCCAGGUCUGAUGAUGGCAGUAAAAAGAACGCACACAAUUUCCCAUUCUUGCUGCAUUAUUUUUCAUGAAAUCGAAAGCCUCUCUGCCCUGCUGGCAAAAGACAGUUAUUUGACUACGAUAAGCUGAUUGCAGAAUAGCUCAUCCCACAUCCUGUAUUAGUGGAAAACAUUGCAACGGUGCUGCCCAUUCCUUCCAUUGCUCAAGGGAAACCAUUGCCUAAUUAGCGGCAAAGAUAUGGUGAAUGAGCCCAGAAAACCAACCCACGAAUCAGCACCUUUGCUGAAAAGAAAACCUCAAUCCACUCACAAAGAAUGGGGAUAGCAAAAACUACCUUUUUUUCUUUCUUUUUACUCUGCAUUUGCUCAUCUGAGUUGAGAGAAAGUAGCACACCACAGAAGAAAAGUGGCAAGGCAAAGGAAGAUAAACUGUUCUGGUUACAUCCAUCCUUGCCUUCAACAUCUGUACUGUCUGUACACUUUCUUGCUAUAUUUCUGGACUAUUCAGGAGUGUGAAAAUACCAGCCCUGUGCUAAAAAUCUUUCUUCUAAGAGUUUUUCUAUCAAAAAGGUCAAACUUUUUGGUACUUCUGCCACCCCUGUAUCACCCAGAACUAAUUCUUCCCUACCUCUGUCUGUACAAGCAUUGAGCUUCCCCUUUGUCCUGGUCCCACACUGUUACCUGAGCUUGUCCUAUGCAGUCUGAACGUUAUUAUGAGUCCCAACUACGAGGUCAUCCACCAGCUUGGAUUUCACCUCAAAAGAGCUGCUGAAAGGAGCCUACAGCUGAGAGGGCUGGGGGAGCUAUAUCCCUCCUUUCAUCAUCUGCAUCACCUGCAUCAAGACGUGAACUGCUCCAUUGUCUCCAGGAGACAGCAGGUGAAGAAGACCCCAUAACUUCCCAGAUAAGGAAGCACAAGGCUUGUCCAGCUGUUUGUUGUACUUUGAGAAUCUUCCCAGAUGGACUUCAAAGACACUGACUCCCUUGCCCCCGAUAGGCGAUUUUCUAUAUUACAUGGGCCAAGGAUCCUAGUUGUACUGAUGUUUAUCCUGUCCCAAUGUAGAUCUUCAUAAGCUUUUCAAUUAUUCUUGCUGCUAAGAUGAGUACGACAGAAAAA